AUGACACCUGUUUCGGAUCUCAGGCGAAAGUCUUUGAUGCCCGAACCGCACGUGACUAGGAGCAGGUCGGACACUAGUUCCGAUGGACUGGCUUCGGUUUUUUGUGAACACUCGCGAACAAGUGGCCGCAGGUCAAGCGAAUGGGCCGCAAACGAUAAAAUGGUUCUGCGGCCCCUCCAGCUCAGCGAGAGCCAGGACUUCGGGGGUCUCCUGAUGCGGAGAAUGUCAAAGGUGUCUCCAAAAGGAACUUCCGCUCCUUCGGAAGGCGUCUCCAGAUCUUAUUCCGUGAAGUCCGUGAAGAAGAUAGCGGAGGCGAGGCAGAGGCACAGGGGGUCGAGCAUCCCCAGUGAAGGGACCCACACGGGAGCAAAAGUCAAAGAGAGAACAGUUUCUAACAGAUCCCUACCGCUUCCAGGAGACGAGUCGGAGUAUUACACGAGGCUACGGAACUUCAGUGUGACCUCGAAGGGGGUGGUCAACCGUGGAGACUCCUUCCGUUCCAAGUCCAGCCCCCAGGUUUCAGUAUUAGAGUCAACGGGAUCCGAGACCAUCCCCGAGUCCAAAACAGCCCCUCUGCAAUCCCCUGAAGAAGAACAGCCCCUGCAGCGCAAGGGCCGCUCCUUCAGAGUCCUACUCCUUGGAAGCCCCGGUGUGGGAAAGACGGCCCUCAGAAAACAGUUCAUGACUUCGGAAUAUAUUUGUGCCUAUGAUCUCGCUCAUGAUCAAGACAUCGACAGAGCUAUAACAGUAGUUCUCAACAACGAAGAAUCACAAAUGGAAUUCGAAGAGGAGACUUUUCAUGGCGGAAACGUAAUAUACUGCUGCUGCUGCCCGGAUUCCGAAUCUGAUGCCUUUUUGGUCGUAUACUCCGUGACGGAUCGACGUACUUUCUCCCAAGCCCGGCAGAUUCUGUCUCAAGUGGAACAGCAUGCGGAAAGAAAGGCCGUCAUUCUGGUGGGCAACAAAACGGACCUUGCGCGCCUCAGAAUGGUCACUACCGAAGAGGGUAGAUCUCUUGCCAAGGAACGUGGUUGCAAAUUCAUCGAAACAUCCGUGGCCAUUAACCACCAAGUAGAUGAACUUCUCGUCGGGGCACUUGCCCAGAUCCGAAUGAAGGCGAAAGUGGCCGACAAGCUCCGAAAGAAGCGCGAGUCCCAAGGAACCAAUAGGAGAGGUUCAAUUUACUCAGCAUCCAAGGCUUCUGGGGUUCUUAAAAAGAUACUUAGAAGGGCGUGUAUGAAAUCCAAAUCCUGCGACAACCUUCACGUGCUAUGA